AUCUUAACUCCCGUCCACGGGGAAUAUCAUUCGAAUGAGCAUUUUGCUUAGGAGUCUCGAAAGCUUUAACUGCGGAGAAUAUGUACUACGAAGCCCCGCGUAGCAUACUGAGAGGGGUGAUCAGGAGGAAUAAAAUGAUGAAUAUAUAAAGGGAAUAAACCCACCCAAUACAUGUACUAGCUCAUCAGAAUCAGAUCAAACAAUACAAUCAAAUAUCGAGCACGAUUCAUAUUUCGUCAUUCAGCCCAAGUCAAGACUAUAACAGCAAUAAUUUAGCAUAAUCAUGACUCAAUUCCCAGUUCCGGCAUCUCUCCAGAAGAGCAUCGACAACACCAAUGUCGAUUAUGCCAGAGUAGGCUCUUCGGGGCUCCGUGUGUCCUCGCCCAUCUUGGGUGCUAUGUCCCUGGGCUCCUCGAAGUGGCUGCCGUGGGUACUAGACGAAGAGAAGUCCCUCGAAAUUCUCAAGGCCGCCUACGACAGGGGUAUUAACACGUGGGACACGGCAAACGCCUACUCCAACGGCAUCAGCGAAGAGAUUAUCGGAAAGGCGCUCCCGAAAUUCUCCAUCCCGCGAGAGAAGGUUAUAAUCUUGACAAAGUGUUUCCUACACGUCGGGGAGGAUUCGAGCGUAUUCACCGCUCCGUUUGGAGGAGUACUUAGCCAGAGCAAGGACUAUGUCAACCAGGGGGGUCUUUCUCGCGCUGCUAUAUUUAACGCCGUAGAGGCGUCGCUGAGGCGCCUGGGCACGAGCUACAUCGACUUAUUCCAAAUCCACCGAUUCGACCCAACUACGCCUAUCGAGGAGACGAUGAAGGCGCUACACGACCUAGUACAGACCGGCAAGGUGCGCUACAUCGGUGCGAGCUCGAUGUGGGCGACGCAGUUCGUGCGCAUGCAGGCGGUUGCCGAGCGCAAUGGCUGGACCAAGUUCAUCAGUAUGCAAAACUUGUACAACUUGUGCUAUCGCGAAGAGGAACGUGAGAUGAUUCGUUACUGCAACGACACAGGCGUCGGUAUCCUACCGUACUCUCCUAACUUCGGCGGUAAGCUGGCCCGACCCUUGGGACAGGAUGAUUCGAUCCGUUCCAAGACACCCGGUCCCAUUAGCUUAGAUCUCCGACCCGACGAGGAGGAAAUCAUUCGCCGCGUGGAGAAGCUUGCCAUCGAGAAAGGUUGGAAGAUGAGCAACGUCAAUCUGGCGUGGCAUCAUACGAAAGGUACUAUACCGAUCGUCGGGUUCAACUCGGUUGCUAGGAUUGACGAGGCAUGCGAUGCGCGAGGAAAGACGUUAACGGCCGAAGACGUCAAGUUCCUUGAGGAACCCUACGUUCCCAAGCCCGUUUUUGGGCUCUUCGACUAGAGCAUUAUCCUCUAUUUCAGAGUACUGCUU